UCUCUGUAAACGCCGAGCCGUUCCGACUGUAGGCGAAGUGCGUCGUGCUCGGACUGUGCUUUGCAGAGACAGGUAAAGUCUUUCAGUCGAGUAUAUUCGAUUCCUGCCGUAGUGAUUCGGGAUCCAAGUCACUUGUACACACACACACCCCCUCCCAACACGCGUCAUCGGCGGCGGCCAUGUUCGGAGUGGCUGUUCCGGGAUUGACAGUUUCAUACUCGGGGAGAGCACUGGCGCUUGCUGGAGACGCCGAGCAAGUUAGAAUCAUCAAGCUGUCGGGAAGGAAUACAGGGAAUCACCAUCAACAGGCUGCUGCGUAGGAACGCGUACGCUCUAUUCUUCUGGUUAAGAGGGGAGAACACUUCUAUUGCCGUGGUGUCGUAUUAAAUCACAGAGAAGGUGCGUUUUGGGCUUUUUCUACAGAGGUCGAGUUCCGCUUGGCCUGGCCCAGCCCCGAAUCCCCGAGCUCGAUUUGAAUUCCUGUGCCGGAGAACAAACUCCGCCUCCUUCCCGAAUCAACCAGCACCAGCACCACCACCACCACCUAUAUUUCUGGGAUAACUUCCUCGAGGGGAAGUAUAAGCUUCUUCAAAUGUAACGGCAUACUUUUUUUACUUUUGUUUUUUUUUGUUUGUUUUUAUUUAAUUUUAUUUUUAUACCUAGAUUUGUCUGAACGGUUGAAAACUUUCUGUACAUAAAUAUAUAUAUUUUGGUGGAAGGCUCGGUUUUAUUUUUGUUACAGUAAAAUUUUUAUCUUCAAUGCGAGGCGCAACCUGUUGAUUUUUAUGUAUUUUUGCUGUACGUUCAGCAGAUUUUAAAUCCUUUUUUGAAACCUCAAAAUGUCUACCAGAACGCCAUUACCUACAGUGAAUGAAAAAGUCUCCGAUCAGCACUCCUCUGGGCAAAGUGAAGGAAAGACUGGUAGUCGACUGAAUAUGCCCCACUGCCGUAACCCCAAUUCUUCUACUGCAGAUGAGCAGCCCCACAUUGGCAACUAUAGACUACUCAAAACCAUUGGCAAAGGCAACUUUGCCAAAGUUAAGCUGGCGCGGCAUGUUCUUACUGGCAAAGAGGUUGCAGUUAAAAUUAUUGACAAAACACAGCUGAAUUCCUCUAGUCUUCAAAAGCUAUUUCGUGAAGUAAGAAUAAUGAAGAUGUUAAAUCACCCCAAUAUAGUUAAAUUAUUUGAAGUUAUAGAAACAGAGAAAACACUUUAUUUAGUAAUGGAAUAUGCUAGUGGAGGUGAAGUUUUUGAUUAUUUAGUUGCACAUGGGAGAAUGAAAGAAAAAGAAGCUAGAGCAAAAUUUCGACAGAUAGUAUCAGCUGUCCAGUAUUGUCAUCAGAAAUGCAUUGUACAUAGAGAUCUUAAGGCUGAAAAUCUUCUUUUGGAUGCAGAUAUGAACAUUAAAAUAGCAGAUUUUGGUUUCAGUAACGAGUUCACUCUGGGAAACAAGUUGGAUACGUUUUGUGGUAGCCCCCCCUAUGCAGCCCCUGAACUUUUCCAAGGAAAGAAGUAUGACGGGCCUGAGGUUGAUGUCUGGAGUCUUGGCGUAAUUCUCUACACACUAGUCAGUGGAUCAUUACCAUUUGAUGGACAGAAUUUAAAGGAGCUGAGAGAGCGGGUUUUGCGAGGAAAGUACAGAAUACCUUUUUACAUGUCAACAGACUGUGAAAAUCUUCUGAAGAAAUUCCUUAUCCUUAACCCAGCCAAGCGGGGAAGCUUAGAGCAGCAAAUAAUGAAAGAUCGAUGGAUGAAUGUUGGACAUGAAGACGAGGAACUAAAACCCUAUAUGGAACCCCCUCCUGAUUACAAAGACCCCAAAAGGACAGAUAUCAUGAUUCAGAUGGGCUACUCUCAAGAAGAAAUUCAGGACUCUCUGGUAAACCAAAAAUAUAAUGAAGUCAUGGCAACAUACCUCUUGCUAGGGUACAAGACUUCGGAGCUGGAUGAUGGGAGUAAUUUGUCUCUAAAACCACGACCAGGAAGUGACCUCACAAACACCAACAUCCAAUCCCCUUCACACAAGGUACACCGUAGCGUCUCCACUGGACAGAAAUCUAAGAAACCUGGCAUGGAGCAAGGUACCUCAAUAUCAUCAUCAAAUUCUUACUCUAAACGCUCUCAGAUAAACUCCUCAGACAGUAAACACCAUGGAGAUGAGCCUUCUCGCAAAUCAAGCAGCACUGUGAAAGUGCCAGCCAGUCCUCUGUCUGGUACUGACAGAAAAAAGACUACCCCAACACCCUCCACAAACAGCAUUCUAUCCACUGGCACAAGCAGAAGCAGGAACUCUCCAAUGAUGGAACGAUCUAGCCUUGGCCAAUCCUCAAUACAAAAUGGCAAGGAUAGUUUAACCACACCGGGUUCCAGGGCUUCAACUGCUUCCGCUUCCGCAGUUCUGACAUCAUCAGCACGGCCACGCCAUGUGAAAUCCCAAUCCACGUCCGUCCACCCCAGCAAGGUCACGCUGCCCCCCACGGACAACCACUGUGAGGCGCAGCGGCCCAGUACGGCCCCUCAGCGAGCCCCUGUGGCAUCUCCCUCAGCUCACAAUAUCAGUACUGCUGCUGUAACAGACCGUACCAACUUUCCUAGGGGUCUAGCCAGUCGAAGCACCUUCCAUGCAGGACAACAACGUGCUACCCGGGACCAGCAUGGAAUAGCCUACAAUGGUCCACCAGCUUCACCAUCACUCUCCCAUGGCAACAGUCAGGCUCGGCGAGCAGGACCAACUGGCAUCUUUAGCAAGUUCACCUCCAAGUUUGUGCGCAGAAAUCUGUCAUUCAGAUUUUCCAGAAGGAACCCGUAUGAGGGAGAGAACAGAGAACGAGAUGAGGGGAGCAGGCCUGUUAUGGCAGGAGAAAAAGAAAAAGAUGAGAACAAAGAUGCAAAACCACGAUCGUUACGCUUUACCUGGAGUAUGAAGACCACAAGCUCCAUGGAACCCAAUGAAAUGAUGAAGGAGAUAAAGAAAGUGCUAGAUUCCAACAGCUGCGAGUAUGAUGUGCGUGAAAAGUACAUGCUAUUUUGUGUUCAUGGAAACCCAUCACAUGAGAACUAUGUUCAGUGGGAGAUGGAAGUAUGCAAACUGCCACGUCUGUCACUCAAUGGUGUGCGGUUCAAGAGGAUAGCUGGUUCAUCUAUCGCAUUCAAGAACAUUGCCUCCAAAAUUGCCAAUGAGCUUAAACUCUGACCAAUGGAACUGAAAAAGGAAAAGGUUUUUCCCGAAUCCCUAAUAUACAAAUAUCCCAUUUAUCCUCCUUCUUUCUGUCUUUAAUUCUUCAUAUAUAUGUGUGUGUAUGCAUGUGUUUAUUUAUAUAUAUAUAUAUAUAUAUAUAUAUAUAUAGAUACACACACCAUAUACAUAUGAAGAUUAAAAAAAAAAAUCACUCUUUUGUUCAGCUUUAUUUAAGUAUUCAAGAAACGUAUGUCUCCUUGAAAAGAAACUUUGAGAGUCUGUGGUAAGCGACAUUUCUAGGAACUUGAUAAUCCUAAAAUAAAAACACACACACACAAAAACUGUUAUCACAUAACUGGAGUGGUUUGUAGCAGCGUGUGCUUUAGUGUCUUUACAUUGUUUUUGGAGGUACUUAAAAAAAAAAAAAAA